AUAUGUUACAACCGGUUGGUGUUGCGUACUUAUAUGCAGUAUCGAGAACUUGAAGCUGACCCAAUUAAACCACGGAUUAAUUUCAAGUAAUGCACAAAGGACACGGAAUUUUAAUUUUUACUGUGCGAUUUGGCAAUUUAAUUUCGAAUAUCAAAAAUGUAUUGUUGCCAUUGGAAUGUGGAAAAAUGCAAAACUUUUAUUGGAAUGUGGAAGUGUAGCUGUCACAGCCCAGUUUACACUAGAAAAAAAGCACUGUCCCAUUUAUUUAUGACCACUACUGUAGGUGCCACAGGUUUCCUUGGGAAACUCAUUCUGGAAAAACUACUCCGGACGUGCCCGGAUUUAAAUAAAAUUUACAUUUUGUUAAGGGCAAAGAAAGGUCAAAAUCAACAUGAACGACUCGAGGCGCUUUUGAACCAACCUUGUUUCGAGGAAAUGAAAGUCCUGACUCCUGAUUUUCGUCAAAAAAUUCAAAUCUUGAAUGGGGAUUGUGGCGCCCCUUUUCUUGGGUUGAGUUUCCAGGACCGGGCUUUGUUGGAAGAAGUGACGUGUGUUAUACAUUCAGCAGCGGUUGUUAAAUUUAAUGUUAAAUUAAAAAGUGCGAUUUAUACGAAUGUAAGGGCAGUCCGGGAUUUGAUCAUUUUGGCCCGAAAUAUGCCAAAAUUGAAGAGUUUUAUCUAUGUCUCAACUGCUUUCUCGCAUUGUAUUAGAAACGAAAUCGGGGAGGAAUUUUACGAUGUUGGGGUAAAUCCUGAUGACAUUAUUUCAAUGGUCCAAGGCUUCGAUGACGACAUUUUGGAGCAACUAACUCCACAUGUUUUGGGUAAGUGGCCCAAUUGUUAUGUCUAUAGCAAAGCCUUAGCUGAGCAACUUUUCAAAAACGAGUCUCUCCCAUUUUCAAUAGUUCGUCCAGCGAUUGUCGGUUCUGCAUGCCAAGAGCCAAUCCCCGGUUGGAUUGAUAAUUUUCAAGGAAUUGUGGGAAUCUCAAUUGGGGUCUCAAUGGGCGUUUUGAGAAGCCUCCAAAUCGACCCCAAACUUAGGGCUAAUAUAGUCCCAGUUGACUUUGUUGUUAAUACAGUAUUGGCUUCAGGCUGGUACUGCCAAAAAUCAAAAAAAAUUAUUUACAAUUUUGUGGGAACUGAUUUAAAUCCAAUUACUUGGAGUGUUGUUGUAGACAAACUAUCAAAUUAUGCCUUCAAGUAUCCUAUGAGUAACGCAAUUUGGUACCCAAACUUCUCAGUAACUCCCAACACUGCAGUUCACAAAAUUAGGGUAUUUUUCUCGCACACUCUGUACGCAUAUUUCAUCGACGCGAUUUUCUACCUUUUGGGCAAAAAACGAAUUGCUGUCAAAAAAUAUAAAAAAAUUGGAGAACUCACUGACUGUUUAUCAUAUUUCACGUUACGUUCAUGGAAAUUUUCGGAUGAAAAUGUAAGAAAACUCUGGAUGAAAAUGUCGAAUAACGAUCGCAGAUAUUUUAAUUUCGAUAUGGAAAAACUCGAGUGGGAAAAUUAUGGUGAAAAUUGUGUCGUCGGAGGCCGCAUACACUUGAUGAAGGAUCCUCUGGAAACGGUGCCAAGAGCCAGAAAGCGACUUUUUGCCCUGUUUGUGAUUCACUACGGAUUUAUAUUUCUAGUUUUGUAUACUUUUUAUAAAUUUAUCACUUGGGUUGUUUGAAAAAUAAAAGUAAAAAAGUGUUUUAAGAUGCAA